AUGUUAAUCAAAACUGUGAUUUUACAUACAAGUCCAUCACUACAAUUACAUUUAAAUGGUACUAUUAUUAAUGAUUUAAUUUAUUUAAUAAUUAACAAUAAUUAUUAUUAUAAUUCAUCAUAUUUAUUGAUAACAAUCAAUACAAUAUUAAAUUCAUUUAAUUAUAAUUAUUACAAUCAUGUUAAAUAUCAACAAUUACAAAUUAAACAAUCAGCUACAGCUGCACCUACACCUACAGCUACAGCUGUAUUAGCGGCAACAUUUAAACAAACAUCUGAUGAUACUAAUGGUCAUGGAAAAGUUCAAAAUCAAUUUGAAGAAGCUGAAGCUUUGAGCUCAUUGAAUAUAGCUUUAGAAAUGAAACGUAUUGGCAAGAUGGAUAAAGCACUCAAGUUAUUUAAACAUGCGGUCGCAUUAGCACCCCAACAUCCGGACAUUCUUAAUUAUUAUGGUGAAUUUAUGGAAGGUAUUAAUGAUAUUGUUUUAGCAGAUCAAUUAUAUUUUAAGGCAUUAACGUACGCACCAGAUCAUCAAAAAGCAUUACAAAAUCGACAACGUACAGCUACCAUUGUCGAAGACAUCGAUGGAACAACUUUAAUUGAAAUUGACAAGAAACGUGACAUGUUGUCAACUAUACCAGACUCAAAUUCAGCCCUGCGCCGCACCAAGAAAGAAGCUUAUGUUUUAAAUAUAUUUCAUACGGUUGCUAUUGAAGGUAAUACGAUGACAUUAGCAGAAACACGAUCUGUACUAGAAACUAGAAUGGCCAUAUCAGGGCACAGUAUUGACGAACACAAUGAAAUUAUUGGAAUGGAUCUAGCAAUGAAAUAUUUAAAUUCAACACUGGUGAAUCGUAUUGGACGAAUCACGUUAGAAGACAUUCUAGAAUUACAUAAAAGAGUGAUGGGUGCAGUGGACAUCGUUGAAGGGGGACGCUUCAGACGGACACAAGUGUAUGUAGGCAACCAUAUACCUCCUGGACCUGAUCAACUCACAAUACUUAUGAAUCAGUUUAUUGAAUGGUUAAAUUCAGAAUCAGCACUAGAAUUACAUCCAAUAAGAUAUGCUGCUAUAGCCCAUUAUAAAUUGGUUUAUAUUCAUCCAUUUGUGGAUGGUAAUGGUCGUACAAGUAGGUUACUUAUGAACAUGAUCUUGAUGCAAGCAGGCUUCCCACCAGUCAUCAUACCAAAACAACAUAGACACAAAUAUUAUGAAACAUUAGAAUUGGCUAACGAAGGUGAUAUUAGACCAUUCAUACGAUUCAUUGCACAAUGCACGGAACACACAUUGGACAUGUACUUAUGGACUACUUACGAAUACAAGGAUCAAGUACCUGCGUUAGAUGAUACUGAUCAUGAUCAUGAACUUAUUAAUAUUGUUAACAACCAUAAUAUUAAAAAUAAUAUUUUAUUAAAUUAAUUUAUUAAUUAUCAGAUAGAUAAAUGUCACUGUCACUGCGCUCACUACAGAUCUGUUACUGUUUGUUAACUUACUACUGUCAACUGUGAUAUUAUUAUUAAUAUUAUUAAUUUUAUAAAUAUGUAUGGCCAAAACUACGCUACAACGAACAACGAUUACGAACUACUUACGAACACAUAGGUGUCAUGUCUAGUCUAUAUGUGAUUGUGUCAACUUCAUAAAGAUUGUUGUUACUAACUUACAGUGAAUUUGAAAUAAACUUAUAGCGGUGGACUUAAGAACUAAAAUCAAUAGCAAUCAAUAUGUCGCUGGUUCAAAUUCAACUCAAAGAAAUCUAAUUUUCUAAUCAAGAAAAUAAUAAAGUCAAAUUGCCACCCUCUCCUGACGGGUUUUGUUCGAUGUUGGGUUUUGAACUAAUUUCGCCCCUGCCCCUAUUGACACGGUCACGUGGUUUGUGGAUGGAGCCUAAGGGCUGUGUGAUAUGUAUGGCUGUACAUAUUUUAUUUAACAUUUUAUUUAUAAAUUUAUAUACAGGGUGCCUAGGAGUAACAGACGCCCUUGUUGCAUCAAGAAGAAAAUUAAAUUGUAAGACGAAGUUUUCUUCCAUUUUUGAUCAGAUGCACGGAUAAUUAACUAUUAAUUAAAAUAGGCAACCAAUCAGAAGCGCUCUAAAGUGUCAAGAAGACAUGGGGGGGGGGGAUAAUAAGAAACUCCCAGAGUAAAACGCAAGUCUGUGUGGUACGUAUACGUACGUAUGCAAAUGUAUGAAUGUGUAGAUUGAGUGUCAGUGCAUCGGAUCAAAAAUGGAAGUGGACUUUUCUAUUUCUAUCUGAUGCAACAAGGGCGCGCGUCCGUUACUUCUAGGACACCCUAUUUUAUUUGGUUAAAGACAAGAACAAGUGUAAAUAAAUAAACAAACACCAA